CGCUCCCAACGUGUCUUGAAGUCGUUUCCAAUCUCAAAAGAUCCCUGCAAAGUGUGCCUACAAGUAAUCGAAGCAUCGGCAGAGGUUCAUUCAACCAGUGAAGGUAUCCUGAGGCCGAGUUAGCAGCACAGGCAGCAAGCGGAAACUAUAACGAAGCACAGAGUUGGGCGUGGCAGGAAACUCAACCAGGAUCGACCGCCAGGCGCGCGGAGGAAUCGUGGGAGCCCGCACCAUUUUACCCAACAAAGGCAGACCAGACCGAUUUAGCCGAGCCUGAAGAAGACCGGAAAAAUAUGACAGAUAGAAGCCGCCGUGUGCGACGUCAGAUCAGCGAUGCGACUGACGACCUCUCGGACAACUCAGAGUCUGAUACAGGCAGCGGUGAAGACUACGACCCCAGAAUAGCCGAUUCGAUGCGCAGAGCAGGCAGAUAUGAGUCUUCUUCCGCUGCGUCGACGCCGGCAUCAUCCAGGCCACGGCGCACCGGCCCACCCUCUGGCUCGACGGGCUCAUCGGCCACCGUCCAACGAGGCUCUGGGUCUACGGAUGACAAAAGACAAAGUCUCAAGUUGACGGUCAAAGCCGCCCCCAGCAAGCUCCGGGAAGUGAUGCGUGCCAGCGAAAUUGAAUCCCUCCAAGACACCCUUGGCGGAGGGCAAGUCUUGGACGGACCACGAAGUAGCCGCCGAUCUGCUCUGGCCUCAAGGGCUAGUGCUCGCGGCAACCAACGACCUACAUACGCGGAAUAUGGUGAGAGCGACAUCGAAGAUGACGACGAGGACGACGAAGUGGAAGAGGACGAGAACGAAGACGAAGAUGACGACGACGACGACGGUGACGAUGAUACCCGUAAUGACUUCGACGAGCUUGGUGCCGAACCCGAGGGAGGCACCGACGACGAGGAUGUCGAAAUGGAAGAUUCGCCGGCCCCUCCUCCUAAGCGACAACAAGCUGCGCCUAAAGCUCCCAAGAUCACCCUGAAGCCUCCGGCGGCAAAUGCCGACGGCAAACAAUCCGGCAAGUCCAAACUAGUCGUGCAACCUGCAGAUGUUGGCCCCGUCAAGUCCGUUGAGGAACAAGAAAUGGAGGAUGAUCCAGACGACGACGAGGUUGACAACUCCUCUGAGCUCUCUGACGAAGAAGAUCAGACCAUGAAUAACGCCAACGAUGCCGAGCUGGAGGGCGAAGAAGACGAGGAAAUCGAGGUGGAUGCACGGGGAGAGGCCGAGGAGGUCCUCGAUGACGAUGAAGAUGAUGACGAUGACCUCGACGAUAGUGAUGACGAGACUCCAGCCUCGGGCUCGGCCACUCCUGAUCUGAGCAGAUUGACAAAGCGACAGCGAGGGAGACCCGAGGACCAAGGCACUCUCUUGGCACUGGACAUGGCACCUCAACAGCGAAAGUUUUUCACGGAUGAGGAGAAGGCGAUGAAGAAGGACGAACACGCCAGAAAGCGUAAGGAAUUGACUAAGCGCAAAAUACAGGAGGAAAAGGCCGCUGCUUUGAAUCGUCUGCUUAAACCUCAGGUGUCCAAGGCGAGAGGUGCCGCUCCAAAACCCGAGACCCUGGCGGCUGCAACUGCCGCUGCCACAGCUGCAUCUCCCUACGACGAAGAGGAAGCCGUGCCGAAAGCCAAUCCGCUGUACACAAGAUGGGUCAGUACCAAAGACGGAGUCAAGCUCGGAGUUCCUGAUGAAUGGCUGGGUAAGAGAGUCGGCCGUAUGUUCGGACCGCCCUUGCCAUCUGACGGCAAUCCGCUUGUGCAAGAGGUCGAGUGAGCCCUCUCGAAAUGGGAAGAAGGUGUACUUGGAGUCUCGAAGAACCACGACGAGAACAGAUUGCUGAUUUCAGACUGCAUAAAGCUCGGGACGAAGAUGGGCAACAACUGUUUGAUUGGGCCUCCGCAGCCAUGGGCGCAUCUGGAUAGCAGACGAUUCUGACGAAAAGCGGCAGCUUUCAAUGGCGUGCGAGGCUCAAGCAGGUCAGAGUAAUCUUCAAUUUGUGACAACAUGUUCUCAUAGACUCAGGCUUUCCUCAUCGACUUUCAAGUUUGGCCCAAUAAGACCUCGUCCACAUAGGCUGUUCUUCUGUAACAGACAGUUCCAACCCCUAGGCUGUCUCUGGCUGCGUGGUGGCCAAGGAGAUCACGGAAUAUGGUGCUCUCCGCGGUUGGCAACGGCGUUUCGAGGACUUGGAAAUCCGGAACGGUUGUCAUGGUGCAUCACACUCGGUCGCGAAGCGUGAUCCGAGAUUGCACGGCAAAGACUGACCCUCAGAUAGCUCGUGUCAUUUCAGCAUCUUAAACAGCCUUCCCAUCCGCCAUAGGCUCCAACAUUGCAGCUCUAGGUAAAACUGCUUCCUGCCGAGCGGGAAUUUCUGCGGCUUCAAGAUGCAAGAUCGGUCCGUCGUGAGGACUGGCAAUCAUAGAAUGGCAGGAACUUCCGUUCAUCGAGACGCCACAGCAAUAGUCCUUCCGAUUGUAGCAACCACUUUGACGUGGAGUCCAC